GCCUUGACUACAUGCAGUGCCAAUGCUGACCAUAAGACUACUAUUAACAGUGCUGACCCAUGCGAAUGGGGUGGUUGUUUGAUACCCAACCCUCCUCUGCAGGACACACCCACAAAUGGCAAGUUUGGCUGGUGUCCUUUGCCACGAGUGCAGAGUGCCCCAACUUCCUCAACUAACUGCACUGCUAUCUGGAUGAGGUUUCAUCCCACUGAGGCUGCUGCUCUUGUGAAAACUCUCUACCAUGAUUUCUGCGUACUCCUCCCAGAUGCAUAUGGUCCAUUACUGCAACUGCCCACCACCUCUCCGCACUUUGCCCAGCAGCUGGCCCUCUCAUUCACAUCCUUGCAUUCCUUCUACAGUGUCACUAAAACAACCAUGGAUUUGUCACAGCCUAAUCCACCAAUCAGAAUUCUUCAAAUUGUUUACCAUUGGCUAUCAAUGUAUCCAAACUUACUCUCUCCGCCUCCUCUUCUCAACAAGGAGAUUUCCGAACUUCCACUAGUACAUUCCAAUUCCAUCAAUUUUGAUUCCGAAUUCCCAAAGCCUGUACUACAAUGUUUGCUACCUGGACUAAUGCAGUGGUGUGUUUUGGCACCUCUUUGUCCAAACUAUCCGACUAUCGCUAAGAAGACCAAAUCUAGAUCCAAUUACAGCAAAGACUCAAGAGAUGAACCUAUGGAUACCUCAAGUUCAAAGUCAUUGGACGAUAAAGACAUGCAAAUGAUAUUGACGUCAUUACAUGCUGAUCUACUUUCAAGUAUUCUCUCACUCUCAAAGCCGGUAACUUGCCAGAUGUCAGGAAAGGAAAUGGCCAUGCUGAUUGCUAACCUGCUUGGGUAUUACAGUCACAGGAAGCAACGUGGUGAGGAAGAGAUGGCAGAGAAGAUGGAAGAGUGUGUGGAGAGGCUGGCACAGCUGCUGCAGAUAUCUCUAUCCUCUGGGCUGCUCAACCUGAGACCAGAUGACGUUUCCGGGUUAGCUUCUACUCUCCCCAAGAAUAGACUGUUACAGCUUGUCAUAGCACGUGUUCAACAGCAGAUUUAGUCAAACGUUGUCUUGUCUUGCUUUGUUUACGCUUGUUGUUUGUGCUUAUGACUAUAAAAUCAUCAUUAUAUCUCAAAAAGUUAGUACACAUUAUUAUAAA